CCAAGGGAAAGUGACGCAGCGAGGCGCGUAGAGAUGACGUAUUCAUGUACGUCAAGGAGCAUCAAGACGAUUGUCCUGAAGAAUGAAAACAAAGAGAUUUACAUGAGUCGAUUGAACUUAAGUGAUCUGCUGGCCUCCAUUAUAAUGCAUCAUCAUUGAAUAUGGGAGGCAGCGGAUCCAAAACUAAAGGUGUCUGGCCUUUCACCAGCACCGGUGCUGGAGGAGACGCACCCGGCGAGGUCAGCGAACAGUGUUUAGCUCAACUGCGGGGCUCCAAGAAUGCGGCACGAUUUGUCUUCACGAGAAGAAGUUCAUUAUAUUUUGAUGAAGAUGGCGAUCUGGCUCAUGAGUUUUAUGAGGAGACCGUGGUGACCAAGAAUGGGCGAAAGAAGGCCAAGCUGAAGAGAAUUCAGAAGAAUCUGAUACCUCAGGGAAUCGUCAAAUUGGAUCAUCCGCGAAUCCAUUUUGACUUUCCACUGAUCCUCUGUGAAAUAUAGGACUCCCUACACAGGAAUCACCCGACACCUCCAGAAUCCUUUGGUGUUCUUCAGCAAGAUGCCUCAUGGCUCUCUGUUACGACUGGAGGGCUCACUGCCCUUCAGGUGGCUCGACCAAAAAGAUGAAUGAUUGACUGAUUUGUGCUUUGGUGUCAUUUCAGACAGCAGACGUAUGACCUGACCUGAGGCAAAGUUUGCAUGUGCAAUAAGAGUGUGUAAGUAAGGAGAAAAGAGCAGGGUUUGUACAUAAGUCACACGUGUUUGUUAACUGUUUGUGUUUGUUGUUGUAAUGUACAUUAUUAUAUUCUGUUGUAUGAAAGUCUGCCUCUGUCUGUUGGGCUUCAGCCCACAUCUGCACUUGUAAUAAUUUGUUGUAUAUGAGUUGACAUACUUGAAUAAAAUAGUUUAGCAGAUUAA